CUCCCCUCCCCUCCGGAAUCCUCCCCUCCUCCUCCCACACACAAGGCCUAGCACACAGCGCGUCCUGCCUUCCGCCCCGGCCACCGACACUACUCGGCCCCGGUCACCAUGAACAUCUUCAGGUUCCUGGGGGACAUUUCCCACCUGUCCGCCAUCCUCAUCCUGCUGCUGAAGAUCUGGAAGACCCGCUCCUGUGCCGGCAUCUCUGGGAAGAGCCAGAUCCUAUUUGCGGUUGUAUUCACCUCUCGAUACUUAGACCUGUUCACUAACUUUAUCUCCCUCUACAAUACCUCUAUGAAGCUUGUUUACGUUGCAAGUUCGUACGCCACAGUGUGGCUGAUCUACAACAAAUUUAAAGCUACUUAUGAUGGGAACCAUGAUACCUUCCGUGUGGAGUUCCUUAUUGUUCCUACAGCUAUUUUGGCUUUCCUUGUCAAUCACGAUUUCACACCACUAGAGAUUUUGUGGACAUUUUCCAUCUACCUGGAGUCUGUUGCAAUUCUGCCCCAACUGUUUAUGGUCAGCAAGACUGGAGAAGCAGAGACCAUCACGAGUCAUUAUCUCUUUGCUUUGGGAAUUUAUCGUACACUCUAUCUUUUUAAUUGGAUUUGGCGUUACCAGUUUGAGGGGUUCUUUGAUCUCAUUGCUAUAGUUGCAGGAAUUGUACAGACCAUUUUGUAUUGUGACUUCUUUUAUCUUUACAUUACCAAAGUCCUAAAGGGAAAGAAGCUCAGUUUACCAGCAUAAGAAGAAACAGGCACUAUCCUCUUCUGCAGUGUAUCAGUUUCUGCUGUGAGGAGAGGAAUUACUAAGGGAAAAAGAUGCAUAUCACUUAAAGUACAAACUCCAGGGCGGAAUGACACAAAACUGUACAGGAGCUGCUUUUCAUUCCCACUACUCCUCAAGAAAUAAUAAAGGAAGGAUUCCUGAAGAAAAAAAUUGCUAUUAAGCUGACUGAUCCUUAAACAGACUGGACUUCAGUGUCAGCUAUUUGUAGUUCAGGCCUUAAGAAACUAACAGGACAUUUUCAAAUUAUAAUUUCUUCUUUUUUUUUUUUUUUUUCUAAAUGUGUUUCAUUUCUUAUUUUACAUUUCUAGUUUUUUGCAGGAGAUGUAAGGAAUAAAAAAAAUUUACCCAAACAUUUUUAUUAUUAUUUUUUAAUUAUUGAUUAAACUUUGUCAGCCAGUGUAGUUGGGGCUUUCUCUUCCUUUGAUAAAAGAAUCAAAUGAAAAGUUUUUGCCUUUCCCUUUUUGCAAACUACUAAAAUGUUAAAAAAAUUAGUAAAUUGAAAUUUCAUCUAUGUUAUUCAUAGGGUAGAAAUAAUGUAUUUUUGGCAAAAACAGCACCAAGAAAUUGAAUUUUUGAAAUAUUUGAGUGCAGUCUUUCUAUGCAAUCUUAAAUGUUUUAUAUUCAUUAAAUGAUUUUCAUUAUCA